AACAGGAGUGGAGGAGGCUCAACCACAAGUUCACAACCACACCCCUAAAACCCACAUAUCUCCUCAACACGCCCCCCAUCUAUAUAAGUCACCUACCUGCUCUUCAAAUCCCCGCACACACAAAAGCCUCUCAAGUCCAACAGAUAGGCCGCCUUCUUCCUCAUUUCACUGCAGCUAGCUUCCUAUUUUUCUUCUUCCAAAAUCCAGGGAUUUCAAGAGAAGAGAAAGAGAAAUAAGGGUUCUGCGGGUUGUGGGUCGGUGUGUUUUGUGGUUUUCUAUAUAGGGUUUCUAAGGAGGGAGGGAUUUUGAUUUGGGUUGUGACGGUGGUGGGGUAAAACCCUUGUUCGACGAGUUGUAGACAUCACGGCUAUACAAAGAAUUCCGCCGCCUCUCAUACAUGUCCGGGCGGUACGACGCAAGGGUUGUGUAAUUGAGAGCAACCCUUCGCCGCACGGCGGGCGUGGCGCUUUGCCUUCAGAAGGCGGUAGUCCCUCUGAUCUGCUCUUCCUCGCCGGCGGUGGUUCCAACGCUUUCCUCUGCUAGUUUAGGCUUAUAUUCUGCAUAAUAUAGCUACUGUCUUUAGGAUUAGAUCAACCAAUCCGUAUCGAACACUCGAUCUCUCGCUUUAGCCAUUUCUUUAGAUCAAUCAAUCCGUAUCGAACAAUCGAUCUCUCGCUUUAGCCAUUUCUUUAGGUUGGUGUUUGAGUUCUUGAAAAAAUGAAUACGCUGAGGAUUAAGAGGGUACCCACCGUGGUUUCGAAUUACCAGAAGGAGGAUUCAGACGAUGGUGCUCGUCAGGUUGGUGGUUGCGGCCGCAAUUGCCUCAAGCAGUGCUGCAUUCAAGGAGCAAAACUCCCUCUUUAUGCCUACAAGAAGGUGAAGGACGUUGUUAACGAGAAAGCUUCGAGCGGUGAUGAAAACAAAGAGCAGCCUGUGCCCUUCCUUGACUCUCUCGUUCUUGGAGAGUGGGAGGAUCGUAUGCAGAAAGGGCUCUUUCGAUAUGAUGUCACUGCUUGCGAAACCAAGGUGAUUCCGGGUGAGUAUGGGUUCAUUGCCCAGCUGAAUGAGGGCCGCCACCUGAAGAAGAGGCCCACUGAGUUCCGUGUGGAUAAAGUCCUCCAGCCCUUUGAUGGGAACAAAUUCAACUUCACUAAAGUUGGGCAAGAGGAGGUGCUCUUCCAGUUUGAACCAAGCAAUGAUGAGGAACCUGAGUUCAUCCCCAAUGCUCCCAUUGAUGUCGAAAAUUCUACAAGCGUUGUUGCCAUCAAUGUUAGUCCUAUUGAAUAUGGGCAUGUGCUUCUAAUCCCAAGGAUUUUCGAGUGCUUGCCGCAGAGGAUCGACCGCGAAAGCUUUUUGCUUGCCCUUGACAUGGCUGUGGAAGCAGGAAAUCCAUAUUUCCGGUUGGGUUACAACAGCUUGGGUGCAUUUGCUACCAUCAACCACCUUCACUUUCAGGCUUAUUACUUGGCCACACCCUUUCCCAUUGAGAAGGCUCCAACUAGGAAAAUAACCACUGCAGGCAAUGGGGUGAAGAUCUUUGAGCUGUUAAAAUAUCCUGUUAGAGGUCUUGUCUUUGAGGGUGGAGACACUCUGCAAGAUUUAGCGAACACUGUGGCCGAUUCCUGCAUUUGCCUUCAGGAUAACAACAUACCUUUCAAUGUUCUCAUUGCUGAUGCUGGGAAACGUAUCUUUCUCUUUGCACAGGUAAAAUUUCAGAUCGUAGGCUACACUGGUAUGGCCAACUUUGCUGCAUUUGGGUUUCUAAUUUUAGAUUUAACUCAUCUCCUUUUCUUAUUGAAUAAACAGUGUUAUGCUGAGAAACAAGCUCUUGGGGAAGUGAAUCAGGAGCUUCUGGACACCCAAGUGAACCCAGCUGUCUGGGAGGUUAGUGGACAUAUUGUGCUGAAAAGGAAGGAGGACUAUGAGGGGGCAUCUGAGCAGAAUGCUUGGAGGCUUCUUGCUGAGGUCUCUCUCUCUGAAGAGAGGUUCCAAGAAGUGAAUGCUCUUAUCUUUGAAGCCAUUGCCUGUGGAGAUGAUGAAAAAGGAAAUCUCACCGAGGACAUGAUUGAGGAGCCAGAUGUCACACCUCCAUCUCAUGAAGAUGCAGGUGCCAUCAACAAUAGCUCCUACCCUGCUGCCAUGGUGGCUGGAAAGCAAGAAUGCCUAGUUCAGCAGUAAGAGUUGGGCUUUUGAAGAACAGAUGAAUGGUGUUUGUGUUUCUGAGUCAGGUAUCGGUGGUUUGGCAUGGAUGUUUCCGUGUGUCUGUGGUUUCUAGUAAUUGCUUAAAUAAAGCAGACUGGGUUUUGCACUGUUGUUGAAGUUGUGCCUGGUUUCUCUGCGUAUUUGCUUUAUGACCUAUUGUUUAUACGUGUCUCAUGGGUCUGUAAAAUUCUAUGCUGUACUUUCUGUGAUGAUUGAAUAAAUUUCUGUUCUUCGGUUUCUAAA